AUGUCGGAGGUGCCGCGCAGGGCGCUGAAGUUCACGAUGAACGGCGCCUUCAAGGCCCAGCUCUCGGCCACGUUCCCGCUGCCUCGCAGCCGCGCGGCCGACGUAGCCCUGGCCGCCUGCGCCGGCGCCGCGGCUGGGGGCUCCGAGACUCUCGUCCACACGCCGUUCGAGGUGGUCAAGAUCCGGGUGCAGGCCGGCGGCGGCAGCGGCAGCGUGCCCAGCACCGCCCUGGGCAUCGUGCGCGCCGAGGGCGUGCGGGGCUUGUACGCCGGCCUGGGAGCCUACGCGCUGCGCCAGAUGGUCUGGAACGGCGGCUUCUUCGGGAUGCUUGGUCUGGGCAAUACUAUCCUUGUCGGCAGCGACCACUGGCGGCAGCAAGGCGGGCCGAGACUUCUUGCUGGGGCUCAUCUCGGGCAGCGUGGCGACGGUCUUCAACAACCCGCUCGACGUGGCCAAGUCCCGCAUCCAGGCUGGCGGCGGCUGCAGAGCUGGUGCCGGUGCCUUUGGCGCGGAGGCCAAAAGAUCGAGGUGGACGGUUGGAGUAGUGCUGGACAUUCUCGCCAGCGAGGGUCUGCGAGGCUGGUGCAAGGGGCUGCCCGCGAGACUGUACCGUUCCGCGCCUGGCCACGGGCUGCUGUACAUGGGCUUCGAGCUCUGCCCGGGGGGGGGCAGGUUCCUGGAGGACAAGGUGAGAGAGGAUACGGGUCACUCAGGAGGGCACCCGGAGCUGAGCCGCUGCCACGGGGCCGCGCGGAGCUUCGGAAGGCCGGGGCGUCGCGAGCUGCGUGA